AUGACGACGGUCGAUUUAGGUCGUUACAAACGCUUCGUCCAGUAUUUCUGGGAUCCCGAACCUACAAACGAUGCCGCUUCAAAGUCACCUAUAUGGUGUCUAGGAGAGGAAUAUCUAGUUCCGGAGAAGUCAUCCAUUUCAGCUGUUACAGAAUCGCCUCCACAGGAAGGAGGAUAUUUCCCCACACAAUCUCUACCCACCACUAAAGUUACGACUCCACCAGACAGUACCGUUGGGAGCCUCGAAUCAAGCUCAGGUUACGAUGAUUGCGAUACUGCUAGCGCAGAUGGAGGAUGGCCAAACGCAUUUCUUGACGAUUUCGAAGCCAAGAUAUGGCUUACAUAUCGAUCAAACUUUCCAGCGAUAGCUAAGUCGCAGGAUCCGAAGGCUCUAUCUGCAAUGUCACUAUCAGUACGACUAAGAAGUCAGCUUGUUGAUCAAGGCGGCUUUACAUCUGACACGGGGUGGGGAUGUAUGAUAAGGUCCGGGCAGAGCCUGUUGGCAAAUUCAUUACUUACUCUGAGGAUGGGCAGAGAUUGGCGUCGCGGCUUAUCUAGUAACGAAGAACGCAAAAUCCUAUCUUUAUUCGCCGAUGAUCCUAGAGCCCCCUACUCAAUCCAUAAGUUUGUUGAGCAUGGCGCAAAGGCUUGUGGGAAACACCCCGGAGAGUGGUUCGGACCAUCUGCCACUGCUCGUUGUAUCCAGGCUUUGACCAACAACCAGGCUGAACCGGAAUUGCGGGUGUAUAUUACGGGUGAUGGGUCAGACGUGUACGAAGAUACUUUCAUGAGUGUCGCAAAGCCAAACAAUACGGACUUCACGCCGACUCUCAUCUUGGUAGGCACGAGGCUGGGGCUUGACAAGAUAACCCCUGUCUACUGGGAGGCGCUGAAGUACUCUUUACAGAUGCCUCAAUCUGUGGGAAUAGCUGGAGGUCGCCCUUCCUCCUCGCACUACUUCAUUGGCGUGCAGGGGUCAGAAUUCUUUUACUUGGACCCUCAUCAAACUCGACCAGCACUGCCAUUCAAAGAAAAUGUGGAAGACUAUGUCGCUGAGGAUAUUGACUCAUGCCAUACACGCCGACUUCGACGACUCCACGUAAAGGAGAUGGACCCUAGCAUGCUUAUCGCAUUCUUGAUACGCGACGAGAAUGACUGGAAAGAGUGGCGACGGGCCGUUCAAGAAGUACAGGGCAAAGGCGUCAUCCAUGUCGCAGAUAGGGAUUCGGUAUUAUACGGACUUGAAGGAGAACGGGAUGGGGCCAUCGACGAGGUUGAAACAUUCGAUGACGAUGAUGAUGAUACCAUAUUAGAUGCUUAA